UGCAGCCAGCCUUGCACUGGCUACCGGGCCAGUCUGCCAGCAGGGGGCGCUGAGGACACAGAGGGAGUCGCCCUUUUGUCAUUUAAAAAGGGCAAGCGAGCAGGUUGCUGCUCUCCUCUCCCGCCUCCCCUUCCCAACACGCUCCCAGCUCUGUGCUUUUAAUUUUGAUGCUAAUGUGUGGCGGCUGGGUGGAAAUGAAGCCUCUUCUGUGCAUCUUCCCCUCUCUGCUCAGAUCUCUCUAGGGCUAAUUUCUUUAUCUGUGUGCAGAGAAGUGGAGGUACCAGAGAGGCGUGGUGAGCGCACUGUCAAAUCAGGAUCUCGCAGGAUGGGGAGAAAAAGCUCCUACGAGGAGCUGCCUUGACUGGAAAGGGAGAGGAGGAGAAGAGGGCUCUGGCUGCAGGUGAAGGCAAAUCAGUCCUGGAAGAUGAUUGAAGGGGUCCCCCAAAGCAAACUAUAGAUUACAAGAUGAGUAACGAAACCAUCCCCGAGGAAGUCUCCUCCUUGCCCUCCCAGGGUCAGCAUUACUUCGACCAGUUCUCUGAAGAUGACCCUGAGUACUUGCGCAUCAGGAACAUGGCUGCUGACCUCCGCCAGGAUUUCAACCUGAUGGAACAGAAGAAAAGAGUCACCAUGAUUCUACAAAGCCCUUCUUUCAGGGAGGAGUUGGAGAGUCUCAUCCAAGAGCAGAUGAAGAAAGGAAACAACUCCAAUAUCUGGGCCCUCCGGCAGAUUGCAGAUUUUAUGGCCAGCACUGCUCCUUCCGUCUUCCCCACAUCACCGUUGAACCUCUCUACAGUGAUGCCCAUCAACGACCUCCACAGCACCGACUCCGCAUCUCUGGCCAAAGGAGAGAGGCUCAUGCGCUGCAAGGUUGGCAGCAUCUACCGACUGCUGGACCUCUACGGCUGGGCACAGCUGAGCAGCACUUACGUCACGCUGCGGGUCAGCAAAGAGCAGGACCACUUCUUGGUUUGCCCUGUAGGCCUUUCCUGUCAUGAAGUCACUGCUUCUACUUUGAUUAAAGUGAACGUCCUGGGGGAGGUGGUGGAGCAAGGGAGCACCAGCUUUCCAGUGGACACCCAAGGAUUCAGCAUGCACUCGGCCAUCUAUGCGGCUAGACCCGACGUGAGAUGCAUCAUCCAUUUGCACACGCCCGCCACAGCUGCGGUGUCUGCAAUGAAAUGUGGUCUCCUACCCAUUUCCCAUGAUGCACUGCUGGCUGGGGAUAUGGUCUAUUUUGACUACAAUGGUGACAUGGAGGAAGAAGCAGACAGAAUUGAUUUACAGAAGUGUCUUGGGCCCACUUGCAAGGUUCUAGUGCUGCGGAAUCAUGGUGUGGUGGCUCUCGGGGACACAGUGGAAGAAGCAUUUUAUAAGAUCUUUCAUUUGCAGGCUGCCUGCGAAGUGCAGGUCUCAGCCCUAUCUAGUGCUGGUGGAACAGAGAAUCUGAUCGUGCUGGAGCGAGAAAAACACAGGCCCCAUGAUGUCGGCUCAGUCCGAUGGGCUGGGAGCACCUUUGGACCUAUGCAGAAGAGUCGCCUGGGAGAACAUGAAUUUGAAGCCCUCAUGAGGAUGCUGGACAACCUUGGCUACCGGACUGGAUAUGCAUAUCGCUAUCCAUUUGUCCAGGAGAAAAGCAAGCAUAAGAGCGAAGUGGAGAUCCCAGCCACUGUCACGGCAUUUAUCUUUGAAGAGGAGGGGGCCCCCAUUUCAACACUCCGGCAGCAUGCCCAGAAGCAACAGAAAGAAAAGACUCGUUGGCUGAAUACACCAAACACCUAUUUACGAGUGAACGUGGCUGAAGAAAGCCAGGGUAGUGCAGGGAGUCAAAGGACCAAAACCACGUGGAUGAAAGCUGAUGAAGUGGAGAAAUCCAGUAGCGGGACACCAAUCCGAAUUGAAAACCCAAACCAAUUUGUGCCUCUCUACACAGACCCACAAGAAGUUUUGGAAAUGAGGAACAAGAUUCGAGAGCAAAACCGACAAGAUGUGAAAUCAGCAGGGCCCCAGUCUCAGCUCCUUGCCAGUGUGAUAGCAGAAAAAAGCAGAAGCCCGUCAACAGAAAGUAACUUGGCAGAUGGAGAGGUGAAAGAUGCAUCCCAUGAGGAGGGUCCUCCGGAGCCAGAACCGCCAAACCCCUUCAGCCAGCUCACAGACCAGGAGCUGGAGGAGUACAAGAAAGAGGUGGAAAGAAAGAAAUUGGGGCUGGAUGGUGAGAAAGAUGCUGAUGCAGAGGAACAGGUGACUUCCCCUGCUGAAAUUACUGCUACCCAGACAGUACAGAGCCCCACAAAGCCUGGCUUGAAAAGCCCACCCAUGUCACCAUCCAAGACAUCAGAAGGCGAGAAGAAGACAGAGAGCAGCCCAGCACCUGCUGAUCGUGCUGCCACUGACACAACAGGCCAGCCAGCAGCAGUGGUGGAGAAUGGGAAAGAGGAUGAGCAAAAUGUAGAGGAUGCUCUAAGCAAAGGAAUCAGCCAGAUGACCACCAACGCAGAAACUGACACUGCAAAGGACAAAAAUGUGUCUCCGGAAGGCUCGCCAUCCAAGUCUCCGUCAAAGAAGAAGAAGAAAUUCCGGGCUCCCUCCUUUCUGAAAAAGAGUAAGAAGAAAGAGAAGGCAGAGUCUUGAGCAGCUCCUUCAGCCUCUUCCCCCCCACUUCUCCCACUGCCUUCUGCUCUUCCCUCCACUCUUGCUGCAAAGUCAAGGGAGCAACAGAGGAACUUUUCCUCUGAUGAGUGACAUCAAAAAGGAGAGGUUGGGAGCCCCAAAGUAGCUCACUAAGAUAAGCCUAGAAGCUUCGAGAAGAUGGGGAGAGCUUUCUGGGGAUUUGUAGGACAGGACCCGCCCACCCCCCUUUCUCCCCACUGUCAUGAUUCCCCUUUAAUCCGCAAAUCACGGAUAUCACUUAGCUGAAGAAUGAUAUUCCAGCAUUUUAAUUGUCCACUGGGGUGGGAUGGGGAUGCUUAUCACUUAACAGUCAUUGGCGUGAAAUGAAUCUUUCUCCCGCAGCACUAAUGAUUGAAGCCAUUUGAGUCCUAGGGUUCAUGGUUUCCCAUGGGCUGCUUCAUGGCACACUUGUGGCCACUGUUAGGAAGAAUUUUGCACACUGGGCUGAAUACUGGUCCUCUGCUGAAAUCAGGGGUCUAGUGAAGGGGGUGUGCUGAACUGUUUUGGUACUUGAUCAGAUCACUGCUAUUUGUUCUUGAUGGGAUUUUGCUCUGAAUUUCAAAAGGGAAGGGUUGUUGUUUUUUUCCUAACACCCCCUCCUGUACAAAUGUGUGAAAACAAAUGUUCUUUUGGGAGAUUUGUGUUGCAUUAGAAGGGAGCACAGUGUGAAUGGUGCUUCCCCAAACAGUGAUUCUCAGUGGAAGCACGAGAGAACAGCAGCUGCAGAUAUGGAGUGCCACAAAUGUAGCAAAGCCUGGGCCAAGAGACGUGACUCAAGGGUCAAAGCACUAGGCAGUUCUCCUGUGCAAGCUCCAGUGAUAUCAAAAGACCCUGGGUAAGAGCAGGGUAGUUCCCAUUCAUGUCAGCAGGGCUUAUGCAGGAAAAUUUCCCAGUGAUUUCUGUUCCAUAUUAAUUCACAGUGGAGGGCUCCCUUUUGGUUUUGUACCUCUGGCACCAAAAUGUUUUGAGCUGGCCCUAGUUCUGAAAUGAAUUAUUUGGAACCCAGCCAAUCAGUGGAACUGUUUUCUAGUUCUAAGAGGAACAUGCUGAUUCCACACAGACCUCUGUCUGGAGGGGAAACCCGCUUGGAUGUUGAUGCCGUGUUUCUCCUGUUCCCACCUGCUUCCCCACCCCUCAGCUUCCCACCCCAAAAAAAAGCAACACCCCAGUGGGCAGGACAGCAGUCCAUCUGCAAGCCUUCUGCUGCCCACGGCUGAUCUCGUCCAACUGCUGUGAAAAUGCAUGAACCUCUAUGUAAGCUGUGACGAGGAAAAUGCAUGCCUCCCCCUGCUUCCCACAAAUAUGGGUGUGAGUGUGGGAGGAAAGUAAGACUUAAUGAAGACUCCACCGGCAUUACAUUUAAAAUAUAACUUUGGUCACUAAGUGCUAAACUUCGUUAGUUUGGAAUAUUUAAAAUACACACACACACUGCCAAUAGUUAUCACUUGUGUCAUAGUCAUCAGUAAUAGUAACUGUAUGACAGAGAGCUUAAGAAACAGACCAUUUCUCACUUACUGCACUCGGAAGGGAUAUUUUCACAUGUCAGGUGUUUUCACAAGUGAUGAAUACGAUAUAAUGCCUCUAUAAACUGAAUUAAAGAGCCAAAUUGAUCAGAA